GUCACCCCGUCUUGUCGAUCACAGUAUAUUAUUCUGAAAUUCCAACGUCUAAAACUAAAACUUCCACCAUUUCGAUCACGGCCGAUCAAAUCUGUCGACAGUCUUUGAUCUUACUGGAAAAGAUUUUCAGGAUGGUAAAGGUUCUCUUGUAAGAGGCAUUGGUCCGAAUUUUUGAUAGAUUAACUGGGAUAAGUGAAAGCCAGACGGGUAUUAAAUUUAAGGUGGUCGACUAGUAUGUGAAGGGGGCCGUCAAUGUGGUCUAAUUUGCACAAUUUGGAUGGAUGUAUAUGAACCUGAGCAAGAGCAAGCGUUACAGAAGCAAUCUGCUGCUGAGAGAACAAGACUACCACUGGUUUCAGCUGACAACAAGAAUGGAGUCACUCCACUUGCCCAAACAAGAGAAGUUCAUUCGAGGUAUAGGUCACCUGUACCAUCUUCACCCUCGAAACGCUGUUCUUCGCCAAUAUCCAGCAGGACAUCCUCAACCUCAACGUUUUCAGCAGCAGCAAAGAGGGCUGUAUCAGCUGAAAGAAAUCGCCCCUCUCGACCAUCAUCACCUCGAUCUCCAUCAACCCCAAUUCAGGAUACAACUGCAGAAUUGUUGUUGGCAUCGAGAAAGGUAGCCGGCAUUAAGAUACCGGAGUCCUUAUGGCCUUCCACAAUGCGGAGCCUAAAUGUUUCUUUCCAGUCUGAUACAUUUUCUGGUCCUAUUAAUAAGAAAGAAACACCAGCUUCUUAUAUGCCUGAUCGAACUCUGAGGCAAUCGUCAAAUGUUGCUCAUAGACAGGCUGAAGUUCCAGCUUCAAGAAAGCCUACACCUGAAAGGAAGCAGAUUCCACUCAAAGGUAAGAAUUCUUCUGCUCAAUCUGAGAAUUCUAAACCUGUUGAUAGUUUGUAUCCACGUAUGGUGGAUCAACAUCGAUGGCCAAGCACAACAGCUGGGAAAGUUCCCACUGCCCUGGAUGAUAAGAAAAGACCUACUUCUUCUCUUAGGAAGCCAUCCCCUACACCUUCUCUUAGGAAGACAUCCCUGGAUAGGAUCACUGUUUCAAGCAAAAGUAUCGACCUGGCUGAUAUGAGAAGCAAAACUUCACCUUCAUCCUGUUCGGAAACAGGUACACCUUCCCGCAGGAGAAAAGCUCCAGAUAGCACCUCCAUUCUUACUAGAAGUAACAGCGUUGCUGAUAAGAUCAGCAAAAUUUCAUCUUUAUCCCGUCAAGAAACAGGUUCACCUUCCCCCAGGAGACUCUCACUGGAUGGCACAGCUGGUCCUAAUAGAAGUAUCGACGUGGCUGACGAGACAAGCAGGCCCUCAUCUCUAUCCUAUGGUGGAACAGGUGCACCUUCCCACAGGAGACUAUCUCUGGAUGUCAAUGCUAUGUUAAAUAGAAGUAUUGACAUUCCAGAUAAGAAAAGCAAAUCUUCAUUGUCUCCCCAUUUGGAAAGUGGUACAUCUUCACUGAAGAGACUAUCUCCUGAUGGCAAUGCUUUUCAGAGUAGAAGUAUAGAUUUAGCUGAUAAGACAAGCAGAACUUCAUCUUCGUUCCAUCCAGAAACAAUUACCUCUUCAAUCAGGUGGCCGUCUCUGGAUGGAAGCCCUAUUCCGAAUCGAAGUAUUGAUUUGGUUGGUAGGACUACCAAAGCUUCAUCUUCAUCCCAUACGGAAAGAGGUACACUUUCCCCCAGGAUAGUAUCUCUGGAUAAGAAAAGUAAACCUUUGGUCAAAUCUACAAAUGAUUUGUUAGUAUCUCAUGAUGAGAGUGGAAUAGCAACGGUCAAUGGGUGUUUAGUUGAUGAUUGUUCACCACAGAUUGAUGAUUCUUCAAGUUCAUCAGAUAAAACAAAAAUGUCAAAUGCUGCUGCUAAACAUCUGGUUGUUCCAAAUCUUGGAUUGAUAUCUACUGUGUCUAGAUGGAUCAGUCCCUCUCGAGCAAAGGCUGUCAAUUCUUCAAGAGGAUCCAGCCCUGCUCGGAUAAGACCAUCCAGCCCCACCAGAAAACUUCAAAGUGCAGCUUCAGUUCUUAGUUUCAUUACAGAUAUCAGACAUGGAAAGAAGGCUGCAAAUCACAUUGAAGAUGUCCAUAACUUGCGUCUUUUAUAUAAUAGACUCUUGCAAUGGAGAUAUGCAAAUGCUCAGAGUGAUGAUGCAUUGCAAUCCCAGAGAGUAAAAGUAGAGAGAGUGAUGUGCAGUGUGUGGGUGGAAAUCACUUCUCUUUGGGACUCAAUAAUGGAGAAAAGGAUUGAGAUUCAGAAAUUAAAGCUCAAGUUGAAGCUUUACUCAGUUUUGGACAAUCAAAUCUGUGGUCUUAACGAGUGGGCAUUGAUUGAAACGGAUCAUAUUAGCUCAUUAACUUGGGCCAUAGAGGAUCUGCAAGCUAGCACGGUUCUUGUUCCAGUCAUAAGAGGAGCAAGGGGUAAUAUUAAAACAAUUAAGGAGGCUGUAUGCUCUGCUGUUGAUGUGAUGCAGGCAAUGGGGUCCUCCUUAUGUUCGGUACUUUUGAAGGUUGACAAGAUGAACUGCUUGGUGUCCGAACUUGCUGAUGUAGUAAUAGAGGGAAGAGCUAUGUUUGAUGAAUAUGAAUCAAUGUUGAUCUCCAUUGCUGAAUUGCAGGUGGAAGAAUACAGCCUCAGGAGCCAUCUACUACAGAUGAAACAAGCUUGGAGCAAUGAUGAAACGGCAAUAUAUGGGUAUUAAGACAGCUCCAAAGUUCUUGCAUACGAGAAAGCAAUGUAAGAACUUGAGCUUUUUGCGACUGUAAAUGGAUGUUUUGUUGCCCAUUUUCUUGUCUCGCUUCAGUGUUAUAGGUAGGUUAGAAAAAAUAAGUUAUAUUUAUUCUUUUUACCCUUCUGUUUAGGGCCUCCCCUCAUCCUAUGUAGUUUGUACUUUGUAUUAACCUCCGAAAAGAAUAGACACAAGUUGAAAUGCAAGGAAAAUUACAGAGGUA